UUUUAAUAGUUUGAAACCAAGUUAUGGCUGCUUUUGACUUCUAAGGGCAGCUUCAAUGAAUUGGCGCGUGUUCUUUUCUCUUCGACCUUCUUUAUCAGGUCUAGGAAGACUAGGAAGACCCCGCCGAUCUGCCCAGCAAGUCACUAGUACUCUUUUUGCUUCAAGUCGUUCCACUUGACACCCCAGAACAGCUCUAUCCAACGACUACGAUGUCAGUUCACCUCCCACUCCCAGUCCCGACUCGCUCGCACGAGAUUGUACCACCUUCAGCACUUUCCGAGAAGAACCAGACUUCAUAUGACUGUGUCCUCAAGCACUUCACUGCCGUAGACUAUACGCUUCCGAAUGUCGACCAGGAGAAGGCUGCACUCACAGUGGAUGAAAUUUUUUGGCUGUCAUAUGAAUGUCUUCUGAGAUUUCUACGUGCUACCAACUGGAACGCAGAUACGACUAUCAAGCGCUUAGAAGAUACGCUCAAGUGGAGACGUGAAUUUGGGAUUUACGACAAAAUCACUCCUGAAUGUGUUGAACCAGAGGCGACUACCGGAAAAGCGUUUCUCUUUGGCUAUGAUACUCGCGGACGACCUGCGAUCUAUGUGAGCCCCUCAAAAAUCGGUGCCGAAGAGUCGCUCCGCACAAUGCAGCUUAUGGUCUGGAUGGCCGAACGCGCUUUUGACCUCAUGGGUCCAGGUGUCGAGACCCUUGCAUUGUUAGUAGAUUAUGCAGACAGCACCAAGAACCCGACAUUCAGCUUGUGUCGCACGACGCUCGACAUCAUUCAAACACACUAUCCAGAACGCCUCGGCCUUGCGCUCGUUGCACAUCUUCCCUGGCUUUUGAACGCAUUUAUUGCACUACUCAUGCCAUUCAUGGAUCCCUAUACCCGGCAGAAAUUGGUCUUCAACCCUGUCAUCAACGAGAAUGGUCUGUUUAGGACAACUGCAGAUGCGGAGGCUUGGGAUGCCGACAGCAUAUCACGAGUAUUUGAGCCGGACCAGCUUAUCAAGGAGGGUUGGAAUGGCUCACAACAGUUUAUGUAUUCCCAUUGCCUAUAUUGGGAAGCGCUUGUAAAGCUAUGCGAGGAAAGGCGCUCUAGUAUGUUUGUGGUGUGGCAUCGCUUGGGCGGGAAAGUUGGUAUCAAGGAAUGGGACGUCAAGGUUGCUGUCAGAGACGAAACGGUCGAUGCGCAUGUAGAUGUUGAUGGGGCGUUGACGGAGAAUGGCCAACUUCAGUCAUGAGGAAGUCGCAGCCAAGCAUUCGUUUUUUCUUUCCCGGCGUACUAACGUAGACCGAAUCUAUACACACAUCUUGAGCUGUUUUACAAACUUGCUGGUAAAUCCAAAUUUGUUUGGGAUCUGUC